GGCCCAGUGAUCUGAAUUUUGAGACACUUGUAUAAUCCGACAUGCGACACUUCGACCUUCCCAAGUUCCGGUUCCAUUCCCGAUCCAUGGCUCCUCGAAGAACCCGCACCCGUGAGCACCGCUCGUAUUCACCCACCGCCCAUUAUACGUCUGUUUGCUUGAACUCGACCCUGUGAAAAUGCUCUAAAAGCCCUCUGAUGUCAAUGGCGUUUGAAAGUUUUCGUAUAUAAUCUCUCUCUCUCUAAAAAUGGCCUCUUCCUUUGGACAACUCUUAAGAACUGCAAAACCCUUCUCACGGUGCACACUCCCAUUUUCUCUCACUUCUCUGGUGCUGCACCGUGGACCUGCCUUUAGUGCAGCUGCCCUUUCCGAAGAAGAGGAGAAGAAGGAGGAGAAGAGCGAUGAUAAGAUAUAUAUGCAUGCACCAGUGUUCAGUGACUCGUCAGUGACCAUGCCGGUCUCCUUCAUGACUGGAUCCAUCAUCGGGAAGAGGUUUUACAAGGAGGUUUUCACCAGAGAGGCAGAUGAUGGCAAUGGAUGGACGGUUCUGCUUGACUACAGAACCCUAAAGAGUCCAUCUAAGAGACCCAUCAAGCUCCCAACUCUCUCUCUAGCAAAGGCCAUUGCUGCUGAAUGGGAAUACCAGCAAACAGAUGGAAUAAGACCCUUUACGAUGCCUCUCAUGCGACUUGCUUGUACUGCAUUGGAGAGGGUGCCUCUCACUCGGACUAAGGUUAUUGAACAGUUGAUGAAGAAGUUUAAUCAAGAUUUGAUAUUUUGUCGUGCACCCGGUGACAGUGACUUGACCAAUGGAGUUCUUGAACGUCAAGUAGAAGCUAUCGAUCCAUUGUUUGAUUGGAUAGAGAGUGAGUUUGGUUUCCGGCCUGUGGUUUAUACAAGCCUAUUUGGUGGGAAGCAGGAGGAUGGUCUGGCGAGCGCAGUUGAGAGACUCUUAAAGAAAACAAGCAACUGUGAGUUGGCCUCAAUCGACGCGAUGGCUGCAGCUGCUCAUUCUUUGAUGAUAUCUAUUGGAAUUUUUUGUGGGAAGCUUGAAAUCGAGGAGGCCAUCAAGCUGAUCCGACUCGAAGAGGACCUGCAGGUUGAUAGGUGGGGCCUCGUGGAGGGUGGUCAUGAUGUUGACAUGGCUGAACUUCGGGUGCAGAUUGCAUCUGCUGCUGUGUUUUUAGGACUGUCACGAACAUGAUUAUGGAGGGCGUGGUCCUUGGGCAGCACUCCAAUUUCUAGUAGUGCUUCGAAUAUUCAAGAUUUUUCCAUUAACCAAAGCUGCUCUAUCUUUAGAAGAUGACUAUGAAUGGCUUUGAUUUUGGUCUUUUUUUUUUAAGCUAUGAACCAAAAGAUAGGGAGACAUUUGUCCUCUUCAACUAAAUUUGCCCUUAUUUGACCUUCAAAACUGUAGCUUGCUUACUCUGUGAAAGUUGCCAUGUGUUACUACUC